UCUUUUUUAUUUGACAACAACUAACUGCUUAAAUGAUUGUUUGUUAUUUUAAAACUUUUGGAAGUUCACGAAUGGGAUGCAAAAUUCAGAUCUGAAACGCGGAUUUUCUGUAUUCUGAUAUUAAAAAUUUAUCACUUUGAUUCCAUGGAGGGUUCAGUUCAAAAUAUCAAUCGAAUGGAUAUUUCUUCCACAUAUGAUAGUGAUUCUUCAGUGUCAACAACGUAUUCGGAAUUUGCUGAAGAACCUCCGAAUAAAAAAUACAAGUGUACAUAUGAUGAUUGCGGAAAGUCUUUCUUCAGACCGAGCAAACUGGAAAAUCAUAAAAGAAUUCAUACCGGUGAGAAACCAUUCAAAUGUGAAAUUUCGAAUUGUGAAAAAUCUUAUCACAGGAAGGAUCUUCUGAAAAAGCACCAAGAGCAAAGUCAUUUCAAGAAUAUAAAAUAUAUAGUAUGCCCUGCUGAAGGAUGUGGACUUCGAAUGAGACAGAAUAGCUUUCAAAAACACAUGUUAAGGAAGCAUAAUGUCUUCCGCAGGUGGAAAUUUCAGUGUGAAGAAUGUGAUCAAGGAUUUCGAACCUCAAGUGAAUUGGCAAACCAUAUAAAUGAACAUUUCCCAAUAUUCAGAUGUGAAAUUUGCUUGAAGGAAUUCAAAAAAUUGCAUUUAUUCAGACGACAUGUGAAAUCUCAUAAGGAAUAUGAAUGUCUCUGUAAAGAAAAAUUUCAUGAUCAUUGUCUCUUCAGAACUCAUAAAAAAGACUGUGAAUUCACUAGGCCAACUUGCAACAUUUGCGAUAAAAAGUUUACAAAAAUCGGCAAUUUGAAGCAGCAUUUGGAGAUUUCCCAUGGGGCUAAAGAAGAAAUAUUCAAGUGCUCCUUUGAUGGGUGUACAAAAGAGUAUAAUCGUAAAAGCUCUCUGAAAUUACAUGUUGCAAAUAGUCACACUGAAAAGAACCAAGAUGAAGUUAAACUAGUCUGUAGUGUUUGUUCUCAAGUUCUGAAGAAUGAAGUUACUUUGUGGAGACACAUGAGAAACAUGCAUAUAAAUGAAAAUAGGAAAAUUAAGAAACCAAGAAAACCUAGAUCAGAUAAAAACAUUCCUAAAGUUCCAAUGCUAACAAUAUUGACAGGUAUUGAGACAGAAGAAAAGAAGAGUAGUCAAUGUACAAAUGUUGAAAAAGAACCUGAACCGUUAUUCUUUACUGUUAAGUUAGAACCUCAUUAUGAAGAGAAUGAGCAGGAGAAAAGUAUAGCUGAAUCAGGAAACAAAUGAAGAAAGAUAUUGAUUGUAAUUAUUCUAGAGCUUUAAUCAUCGUGCAAGAUACCAAAUGUGAGAAUAAAGUAUUUAAUUCCCCUUUUAUGAAGGGUGAAUAUUCAAUGUUUCCUAGAGUGCAAAAUAUAUCGACUAUUCCUUACUUAAGUGAGGAAUUUAUACUGAUUUGAUUUAGGAAUAAUAAAUAAUUUAUGUUU